AUGUCCUCCGCAGCCCCCGAACAAGAUCCUACACCCCAGGAGGUCGCCGACCGCGAGCGCGAGGAAAAAGAACGCAAGGCAAAGGAGGACGCGGAACAGGCGCAGCUACCGUACAAAUGGACGCAGACGAUCCGCGACGUGGACGUGACGAUUCCGAUCCCGGCGACUAUCAAGGGCCGGGAUAUGGAUGUCGUGCUGACCAAGACGAAGAUCAAGGUUGCGAUUAAGGGGCAGGAGCCGUUUAUUGAGGGCGAUUUCCCGCAUAUCAUCCUCGUCGAUGAAUCAUCGUGGACGCUGGAGACGACGUCCAAGCCGCCUGGCAAGGAGGUCUCGAUCCAUCUAGACAAGGUGAACAAGAUGGAGUGGUGGCCGCAUGUGGUGACGAGUGCGCCGAAGAUCGACGUCAGCAAGAUCACGCCGGAGAAUUCGAGCUUGAGUGAUCUGGACGGCGAGACGAGGGCGAUGGUCGAGAAGAUGAUGUAUGACCAGCGGCAGAAGGAGACCGGCGGGAUGACCAGUGACGAGCAGCGGAAGGCGAAUAUCUUGAAGAAGUUCCAGGCUGAGCAUCCAGAGAUGGACUUCUCGAAUGCGAAGAUUGGUUAA